AAACUGGCUGAAAGUCGUCGCGGCAGGGAGCAUACACGUCCGAAGUAUUACGGUAUUUACAGUAUGGCUCGGCAGGCGCAGAACUGCGGACCUUACUACGGGCGUCUAUAAUUUGUUGUCGUCACCCGUUCACUGGGCAGUGCUUCUUACCGUUAAACCACGACGAUGCCUUCGACGCCUGGUACACCGAGCGGGAAAGGAGCCCCAGUGACAUCGAUCAGGGAUUCUCAAAACAUCACAGCUCUUCACUGGGCCUCAAUAAAUGCCCAUCUUCAUAUCUGCAGAGAAUUGCUUGAGAGAGGCGCAGAAGUAGAUGCUCGAGGUGGAGAUUUGGAUGCUACUCCGAUGCAAUGGGCUGCUAGGAACGGAUAUCUCUAUGUUGUGAAGCUGCUCCUAGAGUGGGGCGCAGAUCCAACUCUCAAAGAUGGUCAAGGAUACAACGCUCUUCAUCUGAUAACACACUCGUCGGCGGUAAUGCCUCUGCUUUAUCUGUUGCAACAGCGCAAAGUCGAUGUCGAUUCGGUCGACCUUCAAGGUCACACGGCUCUAAUGUGGGCGGCAUACCAAGGCGAUGCUGUCUCCGUAGAUGUCUUGCUGAAGCACGGUGCGGAUGUCACAACGAAGGACGAGGGUGGGUUAACGCCUUUGCAUUGGGCAGUCGUUAGGGGCAACAAAGCUGAAGGAGGAUGGGACGAAUACGGUGUACCUCGUGCGCCUGUGUUCAGUAAUCCAAAAUACAACUCUAUCGCCAUAUUCAUUCUACCGACACCCCUUCUCAUCCUCGUGUUCAACACUAUUGCAGUCUCUUGGCUACCCUGGUUCACUUCUCUAAUACUGGCCGCUGCAGAAUGUUUUGCAGCGGGACAUAUCCUCACACGUGUUCUCCUAGGACGGAAACCUCAAGCUGAGAGUCCAUUCUUCGCCGGAAUUAUCUUUGCUUCUCUCCUCAUCGUGGUCUGGUGUUGGGCUACGACUCUUACGAACGUUCACGACCAUCCUACUGCUCAUCUAAUCUUCAUUGUAUCUGCCUCUCUUUGUCUGUAUAAUUUUUGGCGUGCCGUUUGCCUGGAUCCCGGUUUUGUUCCGAAUCGCUUGUUGGACUCUGUCGAAACACUUGCCAGCGAAGGUAGGUUGAAUGGUCAAACGUUUUGUGUUAGCUGCAUGGUGCACGUAAACCUCUGCGCUCUAAACAUUGUCGCAUCUGCAAUAGAUGUACUGCAAGACACGACCACCAUUGUCCUUGGGUUUGGAACUGUGUCGGAGCAAAUAACCACCGUCAAUUCGUCCUCUUCCUUCUCAACCUGGUGAUCGGCAUAAUCACAUUCAUCUAUCUUACCUACCAAUAUUUUUCCACCACUCCCGAGCUAGCGGCUUCGCCCACUUGUCCUCUUCCAGAUCCCAUGUGUCGCGUUCUCGCUACAAAAUCCAACAUUUUCCUUGUCACUACAACUUUAUGGGCUGCCAUUCAGCUUACCUGGACGACCAUUCUUCUCGGUGCGCAAUUUUGGCAGGUGUCUCGCCAAAUGACAUCUCUCGAAGUCAGUAACUUAGGACGCUACGGAUUUAUGGGUGGACGUGGUGUCAUUGGGGUUGGUCAGAUGGGGGCGCAGCAGAAUUCGAACUCUCCUCAUGACC